CUCCUUCCUCUUGCCUUGGAUAUGAUGAGCUCCAGUCUACUAGAAAACCCGGUGCAGGCGAUUCUGUACCUCCGAGAGCUCACCACUAUCGUCCAGAACCAGCAGAGUCUCAUCCAGACCCAGCGCGCCCGGAUAGAGGAGCUGGACCGGCGGGUGGACGAGCUCAUCGGGGAGAACAGGCACCUGCGGGACGUCAGGGUACAACAGCAACACCCCUACCACCACCACCUUCAUCAUCAUCAUCCCGACCCGAGCUGCCUUCAUCAUCACCACCACCCCCAGGACCCCCAGCUGAAGACCAGCGGAGCGUCUCAGUCGGACCAUGCGGCCGCACCAGCACCGGUCGAGGCGGCUCCGGGGGUCCAGCCCUCGCCGACCCAACCUAUGGACCCGGGAGACAUGCAGCUGGUCCCGGCCGACCCGUCUGCGAUUUCUCCGGUAGAAAGUGAGACGGAGAACGGGGGAAGUUGCUCCAGCUGCCGCUCUUUGGUGCCGAUGACCCCGACCACCCUCUGUCGCUCCCUGGCCCUGGCGAGGAAAUCCGAGAGCGAGACCGUGCUGCAUCAGUUUUGCUGCCCCGCCCCGGAACAUCCAGAGGCUGACACCACCGGCUCAUCCGGUGGGCAGCUGCUGAGUUUGGAGGAUGGGACGUCUGGCGGCGGACAGGAAACAGAAAAACCCAAGAGAGAAGGACCCAGCGAGUAUGAGAUCAGCCUGGAGAACAAAAACAAACAGAUAGAAGAGUUGGAACAGAAGUACGGAGGACAUCUUAUAGCAAGGCGGGCAGCGCGACGCAUCCAGACGGCCUUUCGCCAGUACCAGCUCAGCAAAAACUUCCAGAAGAUCCGCAACUCGCUGUCGGAGAGCAAGCUGCCCCGCCGGAUCUCUCUGCGACAUCCCAGCCCUUCGGGCCGAAAUCGAAAUUCAGCCCAGAGACACAGUUACUCUUUGCACCCGGGAGGAGGACAAAUACCCUUACGCUCGAAAACCCCACCUCCUCCCCCGUGUCGCUCCACCUCCCUUCCUCCGUCUCCUGCAUCGGCUCCAGCAGCAGCACCGGCAUCUGCUGCAGGUCCAGCCCCGCCUCCAGCUCCCGGGCCGUCGCUAACGCAGCUGGAAGACUGCUUCUCUGAACAACUGCACUCUUUGGCGCAGUCGAUUGAUGAGGCCCUUCGUGGUUGGAGUUUGUCUGAGAGCGGCGAGGGGAAGGGACUGCUGAUGGACCCCGGGGCCCUGCGCGCAGCUGCCGAGAGUGCUUGUCUGCCCCGCAGUGCCAGCUCGCUGCUAAUGGCCUUCAGGGACGUUACCGUGCACAUCGACAGCAAUAGCUCCUACACCAUCUCCUCCGCCACCACCACGACCACCACCUCCCUGGGCAACGCGGGCGGAGAACCGGGCAGCAGGAAGACCUCCGUGAGCGGCAUGGCCGGCGGAGGAGACGGCUUCUCAGUGGAGGAGCCGGAGUUUCCGGCACCUCCGCCCAGCGAGGAGCUGGAAAUGGUUGAUCCGGGAUCCAGGAGGGGCUCAACGGUGCCGGCCGCGGGGGGCGGAGGGACGGAGGCAGAGAGCGGCUCGGACAGACUGGGGUCCACUUCCACUUCUACCUCGACCUCCACGUCCAUCUCCACCUCGGCCCAGUCCAAUCAGCAGCCCGCCCAGAUCUACACCCAGUACCAGCAGUACCACUACACCCACCCGCAGCAGAUGGCUGGGGGGCCGAGCCCGGAGGCCCUGCAGGCCCUCGUCGUGUCUUUGCCUCGGGACCGCUGCCAGGAUCCAGCCUCUUGCCGCUCGCCAACCCUAUCGACUGAUACGCACCGCAAACGCCUCUACCGCAUAGGACUCAACCUCUUCAAUGUGAACCCGGAGAGAGGCAUUCACUUCCUGAUCACACGGGGCUUUGUCCCGGACACGGCCAUCGGGGUGGCUCACUUCCUGCUGCAGAGGAAGGGCCUGAGCCGGCAGAUGAUCGGAGAGUUCUUGGGGAACAGCAAGCUGCAGUUCAACAGAGACGUCCUUGACUGUGUUGUGGACGAGAUGGAUUUUUCUGGCAUGGAACUUGACGAAGCCCUGAGAAAGUUCCAGGCUCAUGUCCGCGUUCAGGGCGAAGCACAGAAAGUGGAACGACUCAUCGAAGCCUUUAGUCAGAGAUACUGCAUGUGCAAUCCGGAUGUGGUGCAGCAGUUUCACAACCCAGACACUAUCUUCAUCCUGGCCUUCGCCGUCGUCCUCCUCAACACCGACAUGUACUCUCCCAACAUAAAACCGCAACGCAAAAUGGGCCUGGAUGACUUCAUACGCAACCUCAGAGGUGUGGAUGAUGGAGCAGACAUCCCUCGGGAAAUGGUCGCCGGUAUUUAUGAGCGGAUUCAGCAGCGAGAGCUGCGCUCAAACGAAGACCACGUCACCUACGUGAGCCGCGUGGAGCAGUCGAUCCUGGGCCUGAAAACUAUUCUCGCUGUACCCCACAGACGCCUCGUGUGCUGCUGUCGUCUUUUUGAGGUGCCUGAUGCAAACAAACCUCACAAACAGAAAUUGUCCCAGCUCCAGAGAGAGGUCUUCCUAUUCAACGACCUCCUGCUGAUCCUCAAGUUGUGUCCCAAGAAAAAAAGCUCGGCCUCGUACACCUUCUGUAAAGCUAUGGGCCUUCUGGGAAUGCAGUUUCACCUCUUCAGCAAUGAAUACUACGCCCACGGCGUCACCAUGCUCAGCCCGUUUACCUCAGAGAAGAAGCAGCUGGUGAGUUUCUGCUCUCCGAGCGGGGAGGAACUCAGGAAGUUUGCAGAAGAGCUCAGAGAGGCGAUCGCAGAGGUCAACGAGAUGGAGCAGAUACACAUCCAGUGGGAACUGGAGAGGCAACAAGGCAUCCAGACACAUGGCUUACACACCAAUGGGGGUCAAGUGGAUGUACACACAGGACAUGGCUCUCCCUCAGGACCACAGGAUGUGUAUGAUAAAACCGGCAACAACAACACAGUAGAGGUGUCAAUUCACAACAGGCUGCAGACCUAUCAGCUGAGCCAGCCCAGCAUUGAGUCCACGCCUCUGGCCCUGGCGGCGCCCCCCGCCCUGCUCAGCCCCGUCCAGGCCGGGGAGCUCCGCCCGGAAACUCUCAUCCAAUGCCAGCAGAUCGUCAAGGUGAUCGUGGUGGACCAGAGCGGACGGGGGCGGAUGGAGGCCUUCCUGAGCCAGGGCCCGGCCGCCCACCAGCUCAUCCAGUCGGCCAUGUCCACGCCCGUGCGCGUCAGAGAGGGAGACGGCCCCCAGCCCCCGCUGCCGCCGCCCCCUCCACCUUACAAUCACCCCCAUCAGUUCUGCCCGCCGGACUCGCCCAUGCCCCUUCAUCACACCAUGCCUCUGACCCGCAGGCGCAACUCCAGCGGCUCCCGUAGCAUCGUUUGAGUCAUGGGCUGCUUUAUGGACCGCCGGGGGGGGGGAGGAUGGGGGGGUCAUCCGGCCGUGACCCUCACAUUAACUUACAGCAACGUACUCAUGCUGGAGCACAAUUCAUCUCACUCUGAACCGUGGGACGAAAGCGGAGCAAAAAAAAAAAAAAGAAGAAGAAGAAGAAGAGCAAACUGUAUGAUGAGAAUGAGAGGAUGGAUGAAAAGAAAACCAAGAAUCUAUUCAAAAUCUCGACUGAGCCGUAUUGUAUCUGAACAUUGAAACAUUGAGUAGCUUUGAAUGCGUUUCUGAGAGACACGUUUUCUUCUUUCUUUGUUCUCCAACAUAUCACAUAUCUGCCGGUGUUGUUUGUCCAGAUUUCACACUCGCAUGGUGACCUUGAGGUUGUCAAAGUCACUUGUCCAACAGACCUGUCUUCGAGCUUUGACUUUCACACCAUGAAAUAAUGUCAGGAAAGCAGCCUGAAAGGACGCGAGCUUGCUUUGAAUAUGAAAGACAAAGUAGAGUUCAGGACGUGGAUGCUCACAUUUUCAUUGGUCCAGGUUUUGAUUCAUCUCAGACCAGCUCAUUCAAACAGUUUUCUGGAUACAGUAAGAAGCAACCAGGGUACAGCAUCAUUUGUUCCUGCGUUUUCACGGGAACAGACAUUCAGCAUGUGAAGAAUAAAGGGGUGAAAGGCUUUACCAUGUCAUGUACAGUAUACUGUAGUGCUGCUCACUGAAUUGACUUAAAACGAUACCCUGAUGACAAUCAUAUUUCUGUAUUUCAUUGUUGUGUAUUUUUGCUCAUCUCGUCUUGGCACAAAUCAUCACCGCGGCGCGAUGCUCCUCUGAUUCUGGAGUUGCACUCACAGAACACGGGAAGCAGUCGACUGCGAUACUGUCUGUUCCUCCCAGGUCUACUGAGAGCAGAGGGCUUGUGUGCUGUGUGUUCAGGCUGCUUACCCAUGGCCAACAGGGAGUCGGGUUAGUAAUUCAUCCAAAACAGGCUGAAACAGGCAGACGAAGCCGUCCUCUUCCUGCGCACUAACUCCAACUGUUCCAUCCCAUGUGAAUACUACCGUUACAGAUGGAUUCAGACCAGUGGUUUGGGACGGGCGUCCUCUGGGGGGGUCAGGGGACUGCCUUUUCUCUGAAAUUUUUUUUUUAUUUGAGUUGUCAAAAAGAAAUCAUAAUAAAAAAGAAAUAUAUGGAACAGUUCAUUGUAAGUGUAAAGAAGACAAAAAAGCAGCUUUUGAGCAAAAACAAAAGACAGAGAGGAGCAAUGCAUUUCUUUGUGGAUGUUCACAGUCCUUAACGAUGAAAUGAUGUUAUGGUGUGAAAAACAAUAUUAUUUAACCAAAAAAUAUUAGUGAGUGCAGUGCAGUGUGAUGCACAAUGUUGGUCAAGCUCAGGCAGCAUCUCUGCCCAGAAAGCUUUGCUUUGAAAAUAAAAAAAAAAAAAAAAAUGGAGAAAACGCUACAAUGUCCCUCCUAAGAAUCAUUAAUCCCCUCCCACGUUCUAUAUUUUCCUUAAAUGGUGAAAACAUCAUUUAAGCAGAGAUGCAUUUAUGUACUGAAUGUUAAAGUGGGGGUGGGGACUGAAGUCGUCCGUGGAAUAUUUAUUGAUUUCAUCACUGUGUCGUUUGUCCCGUCUCGAUGGUUUGGAGCUUGAGCCAGAUUGUACAGCACAUCACGAAUCAUCUGACUGAGACAUACUGAACACGUCUUGUACCUUUUGCACCACAGAAUAUAUUGGAUAUAUUGUAAAUAGAUAAUAUAGAUUUAUUCUGAAAAAGUGAUUGGUUUGCCCAGUGUGUGUAUCUACGUAUGUAUUUGUACAGAGAAACUAUAGUUUAAAAGAAAAAGAAUAUUAUAGUUAUUAUAGUUAUCAUUAUUAUUAUUAUUAUUAUUAUUAUUCGCAUUUAAUUAUCAGGGGGUGUCCUCAUCCUAAAUGCUACUGCUAUGAAAGAAAGGAAACAGGCAGCUUUUAUAAAUACACCCCAGGUACAAUAGUAACAAAACACUGACAUUAAUACAGAUUUACAUUCAUCAUUCAGUUCCCAUGUCAUGUUACUACAGUAUUAAUAAGAGAUGGCUAUGUCACCUGUUAAGGUGUGUAAAGGGCUAUGCUGUAUAGAUGAUUACGUGCAGUAAAUCACAAAUAUUACACACACACACACACACAUACACACACACACACACACACACACACACACGUACAUGCACACAGCUGCCAAAGCGACAAAAAUUCAGCUAAAAAUUACCUUAGAAACUGCUUGAUUUCUCAAGUCAGCAAACCCCUCUUUGUUUACUGUAAACUCUUGACUGACUUGUACAAAACCGCAUGAUAUUUUUUUGUUUCUGUUUUGUUUUCUGUUUUAUUUACAGUACGCGGGAGGAGUCUGAUUCUAUAUUUGUAUCAUUAUUGUCAGGGCAUGUUGGGUUGAUUGAUGUCACUUUCUCUCUCUCCCUCUCUCUCCCUCCUUUUCUGCCCCCACCCCCACCUCCCCGCCCCCCGCCUUCUCCGGUUGUCAUGGAGACACACCAAUCUGCAUCCUCACUGUGGAGCACUGUCAUUAAUCUUUGCACCCUCAUAAUAUUUCUAAAAAGGAGAUUUCUUAAAGAUCAACAUGUUUACUAAUGGAAUUUCUAAUUUUUCUGUUCGAAGAGAAUGAAAGAAUAAAGUAGUUUUUACUCUC